AAAACUUUUGUCUAUUGCCAAAGAUUGUGAAGUAGAAGUAUCUAUUCAAGAAGAUGGGUUCAGAGGUUCUUGGUAUAGAGCUAUCCUCGAGCAAAAUCCGACGAGAGUAACAGGAAAAAAGCUUCGGGUUAGUUACAAAACUAUGUUCAACGAAGAUGGUGUAAGUCCUUUGAAGGAAACUAUUGAAAGAAGUUUUAUUCGGCCAGUCCCGCCAGAGUGUCUGAAUGAGGGUGUCGUAUUCAAGGAAGGGUCGGUGGUGGAUGCUUAUUUUAAUAAUGGUUGGUGGACUGGUGUUAUCGUAGUUGAAAGGCCAGAUGGUAGUUUUUUGGUUUACUUUGAUGAUCCACCAGACAUAAUGAGAUUCAUCAGAAGCCAACUGAGACCUCAUGCUGAUUGGAUCGGCUCCAAAUGGGUCAAAAGCAAAAACAAGGUAUUGAGUCAACACAUGUUUACGAGAGGGAAGUUGGUGGAAAUGACCCGUGAAAUUAGUGAAAGUGAAAAGGAAAAAAUUUGGGUCCGAGCAUUGGUAAUUACAGAAGUUCGGAAACAAGGAGAUGAUAGAAGAAAAUUUCUGAUCAAAAGAUGUACAAUCUCACAAAAUUCGAGUGAUGAAGCGGAAGGAAAACAUUUAAUAGUUGAUAUUUGCAAAAUAAGGCCAUCUCCUCCUCGAGAUCUUUGUGCAGAGUACAGUCUGAACGACUAUGUUGAAGUGGUUGUUACCCAUGGGUGGCGCAAAGGUCGAGUGACGGAAAUUCUCCUUGAAAACAAAUACAAAGUGUAUUUCGCUGCCACAAAAGAGGAUGCGGUUUUUAAUUAUACUGAGAUUAGGCUGUCAAUGGAGUGGCUAGGUGGUGGUAGUUGGAUUCGCGCACAUGAGAGAGAAUUUGAAAAUAAUGCUGGCACACCAAUCAGACCCGGUCAAGAUAGUCCUAGUAACACACUUGCCACCGAUGAAGAUGAUACGUUGAAUGAUGAUGCCACCAAAAUCAGAUCCGAUCAAGAGAGCCCUAGUAUCACACUUGUUUUAGAAUCCAAUGAAGAGGAUAAGGUGAAUGAUGAUGCCACAGAAAUCACAUCCUCUCUCGAGAGACACAGAAACACUUCUGUUUUAGAAGCCACUGAGGCUGAAACACAAAACCAUGAAACCAUAUAUGGAAAGGAGUUACCAUUACCUCAUGAAUCAGAAGAUAUGAUGGAUGAUGUAGCCACUCCAAUCAUAGACCCUCAAGAGAUUCCACGAGGUGAAACGAUGAGUGAGUCUAAUGACAAGAUUGCUUUGCCAAAAAGAAUCUCCGAAACUGGUACAAAAGGAGUCGUAUUGCAAAGAAUUAACAAGCGCUCCAAUCUGAAGUUGGUUGGUAAAGUUGAAACCCUUUUGGGCAAAGAAUUCAAGAAGCUUGAAGAUUCAUUCUUGGCUCCGGUAAUUAAGAUGGGAAGGAAGCAGAAGCUUAUGGUGUUUUCAAGGCAUUUGAUUCAUCACUUACUCUUAAGGAGAAUUGAUAUAGGCGAGAAGGGUUUGUGGUUUACUUUUGGAGAACAACUAAUGAGGUUUUCUCUAAGAGAAUUCCACUUGACAACGGGUCUGCCUUGUGUUGUUGAUAAAGAUGAAGAUGAAGCCGAGACUUCAGCAACAAAAAAGAAGAAGAAAGAUCCAUGGAUGAACAAGAAUCAAACUCUAAACACCUUGCUUAAGCUUCUUGUCGAAAAGAGUAAAGAGCUUACUGCUGAUCAGAGAUUAAGAUUGGGAGCUACAAUCCUUGUGGAAGGGAUAUUGAUGGCAAGCAAUCCGGUGACAAGUAUUCCAGAAGAGCGUCUGCUUAGAGCUAGAAAUUUCAAAGAGUUUUGCAAGUAUCCCUGGGGGAAUUUGGCCUUUGAUUAUUUACUGAAAGAAGUGAAGAGCUUUACCUAUGCAAAGCUGACGGAGAAUAAUCAAUACGCGAUUUGUGGCUUUAUAUAUGCGCUUCAGCUCUGGGCGUUAUCUUCUGUGAAUCAACUAGGCACAUUCUUUGGUAUUAGCGAUGAUGGAAUUCAGUUUCCCUUGUGCUUGCAUUGGAAAGAAACCAAAGCGCUUACUAUUGAGGAGGUUAACAGAUUCGACCAAAUGGAGAAGGUUGAUGUCAAAUGUAUCCUUGGAGAUCCCGGAUUGCAUAGCGACUUGGUUGAAGAUGUUGACUGUGAAUUUGGAAGAGUUGUUGAUCUUGUCAAAAGAGGAUAUCGUUUGAAGAGACAAGAUUGGCUCAAUAGAAGUGUCGACAUUGCCGUUGCUGAAGCUGAAGUGGACGAAAAUAAUUCUGUUCCUGGGAUUGAUGCAACUGAUCAAGAAAAGAUUGAAUUCCUCAAUAAUAAGGUAGUGUCUCUUGAAGAAAGAGUGAAGUACCUUGAAGGUCUUUUGAACAUUCGUGGAGAAACUGUGAAGGAAACUGAGAAGUCAAAAGAAACUGAAGCCGCCACAAAAACCAAGGUAAAUGGACAGAAUGCCGAUUAUGAACUUGACGAAAAUGAAGUUUUAGGAGUUUAUAUAGAUGCCAAAAGAAAGGAAAUCGCUAAGAGAAAGAAGAAUGGUGUAAGACCUCCACGUGAAGUAGGACAUCAAGAUGAAGAUGAUGUAGAAGUCGAAGUCAAUGAAGAACAACCACAAGAAGAAGAGGAACAACAACAAGAAGAUGAUACAGAAGACGAUGUGGACGAUGGUGAUAAAGAGAGUGAAAAUCCGGAAACCAAUGAAGGACAGACACAAGAGGAAGAGGAACAACACCAAGAGGAUGACGCAGAAGUCAAUGAAGAACAGCCACAAGAAGAAGAGGAACAACAAGAAGAAGAGGAUACAGAAGACGAUGUGGACGACGGUGAUAAAGAGAGUGAAAAUCCGGAAACCAAUGAAGAACAGAAACAAGAGGAAGAGGAGCAACAACAAGAGGAUGACACAGAAGUCAAUACAGAUGUUGACGUCGGUGCUAAGGAAAAUGGAUCUGAAAACCCCGUGAAAGGUUCAAAGAAACGUGGAAGAAAGGAUGGAGAAGAAAAUGAGGAUGCAUAUGAAAAGCCCGUGAAGGUUACAAGGAAAAGUGAAAGAGUAACUAAGGGUGGAGAAGUAAAUGAGGAUGCAUCUGAAAAGCCCAUGAAGGGUACAAGGAAAAGUAAAAGAGGAACUAAGGAUGGAGAAGAAAAUGAGUAUGCAUAUGAAAAGCCCGUGAAGGUUACAAGGAAAAGUGAAAGAGUAACUAAGGGAAAGAAGAAAGGUGUAACACCCCCACGUGAAGUACAACAACAAGUAGAAGAUCAUGCAGAAACCAAUGAAGAUGGAGAAGGGAAUGAGGAUGCAUCUAAAAAGCACGUGAAGUUUACAAAGAAGAAUGGAAGAGGAAAUAAGGAACACAAUGUUGGCACCCCCAAAUCGAAAAAACAAAAGAAACAAUUUGAGAAAGAUUCAGCUGAUGAUGUGAUAGGAAGUGUUUUGGAAGAUCUUAAAAAUGCCGAUUAGAAGCAUCGCGAAUUUGAAGAAAUGAAGCUCUUUCAGUUUUUUAGUACUUUUAACAAAUAUCUAUGGAACUUUUUCAGUUUUAGUGUGUUAUCUUUUGAUGAUGUCUUCAAUGAGGAACAUCUUUUGGCUUGUCCCUUAAUCCUUCAUGAUGAGGAAAAUAUAUUUUGGUUUGUACCUUAAACCUUUGCUAAGGAAACAUAUUUUAUUUAUGUUCA